AUCGGAUCAGCUAUGCGACAUCAUGAGUUCUUAAAGGAAUUAAAAGAAUAACAAUGAAGAAUAUUGAACUGUAGAAUAUCACACAACCUGGGUAUAAUAUAAGUACAAAGAGUUGAAAGAGCUUGAUGCCAUGGAAAAAGACAUGUCAAAAAUAUUUUGUUCUUCGCACGAACAUAGAUUAGGUAUUAUAUGGUGCAUGGAAUGCGAAAAGAUUUUAUGCACGAAAUGUCGACAAAGACAUGACAAAACAAUGACAGAGCACCCGUCAAUGGGACUAUCUGAAUAUGUUCAAUUUCCCAAAUUUGCUUUAUCGAUGAAUAACUUGUGUGAAAUUCAUGGCCAGCAAUUAGAAAUGUAUUGUCAAGAUCAUAAUAUGGCAUGUUGUAUGAAAUGUUAUAGAAAUGGCCAUGAACUUUGCAAAGGAAUCAGUUUUCUCCACACAUUCGUAAAGGAAUUUAAACAAACUACUCUAUUUACAGAUUUAAUGCAUAAAGUACAGGCAUUGUCCCACAUACUUGAAAAUUUAAUUAAAAAUACAAAUGAAAACCGUGAAAGCCUAUACAGUAAAAAAUCAUCCAUAUUGCUGGAAAUUGCAAAUGUUCGCCGGUCUUUAAACGAACACUUUGAUAACUUGGAAAAAGAUAUCGUUGAAGACUUGGACUACAAGUACAAUGAAGCCAGACGAAACACGAAUGAACAACUAUCCUUAUUAGAUGACAAAAACACCGAUUUGAAGCGGAUUGAUAUGGAUCUGACUUUCGUGAACCAAUAUGCUACAGAUCUACAAGCCUUUUUAGGAGUAAGAAUAUUGUCGAAGCAAGUAGAAGAUGACCAAAUGGAUCUUCAGACUUUACAAAAAGAUAACAAAUUAUGUAAAGUAGACUUGGAAUUGACGAUGGAACCUAAGUUUCUAUCUAUCCUAAAAGAGAUAAAAUCAUUAGGUACGAUUUCUAUUCAAUCAACGCCAAACAUCUCAAUAAUACCAACAGAAAAGAAAUCAAGAACUAUAACUCAUUUGAAGCUUAAAAGACGUAAGUAUAUAAAAAUAAAAAGUGAACACAAUAUGGUGAUAACGGGGUGUGCUAUUUUGCCAGGAUUGCAAACCGUUUUUGCGGAUUUUCAGAACAGUCUACUUGUGAUACAUAACAUUGAUGGGACACAUAACAGAAACAUCAAAUUAUGCGGACGACCAUCAGAUAUGGCCGUUGUUGCAGAUUAUACGAUAGUGGUUACUUUGUGGUCGUUAAAUGUAUUUGUUGUCCUUGACCUGCGUGAAGAUAAAGAGAUAAGAAAAGUUCAAAUGAAGGAAAACUGUUACAGUAUCGAUUUCUGUAACGAAAAAAUAUUAGUGUCUUUUGAAAAUUCGAAGAUUGUUCAAAUUAUGGACAUUUUUGGAAAUAUUUCCCGGAAAAUACAAAUUCCGUCUCCAAACUUUUCAUAUGUUGUACAGCAUGAAAACAUGAUGCUUUGUUCAAAUCGGAACGAAAAUAAAGUGAUAUGCUGCACAGAGUUCGGAAAAUUAUCUUGGGCAUUCCAACAUGAACUGUUAUCGGAACCUCACCAAAUUGCUAUUGACAACAAUCGAUUUUUAUAUGUUACAUGUCACGGAUCGGACAAGGUUAUGGCCAUAUGUUCAGAUGGUCAAAGCAGUAAGAUUCUAUUGGACAGUGAUGAUGGUAUAAACAAGCCAUCUGCGUUACAUAUACAGAAGGAUAUACUUCUUGUCUGUAAUUCUUUAUCAGGGGAUGCCCAUCUUUAUGAUAUAAUCUGCGAUCAAUAAUAACCUAUAUAAACAAACCAGCAAACUUGUAUAACCCCGUCAAAAUUCUUUAUAUGCCUGUCCCAAGUCAGGAGCCUGUAAUUCAGUGGUUGUCGUUUGAAUCAUUUGGUCUUGUUUUCAUUUUUGGUCAUGGCGUUGUCGGUUUAUUUUCGACUUAUGAGUUUAAAUUCUCUUUGGUAUCUUUCGCCUCUCUUUAGGGACCUCGGUGGCCGAGUGGUCUAAGUAGUUACUAAUGUAAUCACAGCCAGUCAACACUGAGGUUGUGAGUUCGAACCCCGCUCGUGCAGGUGCACUCGACUCCAAUCUUAAUUGACUAGGAUUGUCAGUUUUCCUAUCGAAGGUCGGUGGUUUUCUCCGGUCAAUCCGGCUUCCUCCACCAAUAAAAACUGGCCGCCACGAAAUAGCCCAAAAGCAGUGCUUAAAAGUGGCGUUAAAACACCAAAAAUCAAAAAUCAAAUC